AGGAAAGGAUGAGGUCUCAUAAUAUCCGAAACUCUCUUGAAUAUACUGAAUCCAAAUCAGAGACUAUACUAGAGAAGCCUCAUACUACCAGCAGGAUUCAUAGCAGGAACCGUGAUUACUUCCAUAACAUUAUUAAUGGGGAUAAAGAGAAUAUUAAUGCAAACUAUGACUCCAGUGUUGUGACUAAAUCAGCAAAUAAUAGUGAAAUUAAGCCGCCAUGCCCUUCCUGAGUGGAGCAAGUCAGUUGAGCUUUCUUAGAGUCAUUUUCAACAUCUAUUCAAAAGUUCUGAAAGCCUAAUAGUUUUGAAUGCAAGAGUACAAUUCGGGAAAUUCAGAAAAAUAUUGAUCAAAUUAGAACUUCCUUCUCUCGAAAGACUCAGAGAAAGAGAAAGAAAAAGUCUGUAGCUUCUAGUGAACCACUUGAAGAUUAUUCCCGACCACAGAGUCAAUACAAGGAGUGAUCUAAUGGAUAUCUCUCCAAAGAUUGAACGGAGAAUAAUAACCUAAACCACAUCGAAACCUUUGGAUUUCAUGGAAAUAUAGAUUCUGAUUAUAGAAGCUAUCUCCAGUCAAGGCAGGAGCAUCCGAAGUAUUCUUCAGCGGCUUACCUAACUCCUAAUAUCGAGAAUAAAAUAUAGGUUGAUUAUCUCAAGUCUUCAAACGCACAAAAAGGGUAUAAGAAGUAUCAUAAGAAGGAUAUCAUGAAACCUAAGGUAAUUACCUAGCAGUAAACUGUAGGUCUCCACUACAUCCAAUCUUAAAAUGAACAGUAAGAAGAGACUUAUCUAAAAAUUCAGU